AGAAGGUCAAAGGUCAUGUUUGUGUUGUCUUUGUUGGGAACUCGGUCAGAUCUACUCUUCCCACUUCCCCGAGUCCUUUUUAAACUCUCCCCCGGGUCUCUACCCUCCCGAACCUCUCCCCUUUACCCUCACAACCCCAUCCCUCCCCCUGGCUCCUGUGGGCGCACAUCUCAGAUCCAAGUUGGUGAUUUAAGCAUCAGACUGCAGGCAUACAGCUAAAUAACAGUUGCGGUCAUGGACUCCGGUGUGAUUGAAAGUGGACUGAAUGUUACCCUGACCAUAAGACUUCUCAUGCAUGGGAAGGAAGUGGGGAGCAUAAUUGGAAAGAAAGGGGAAACUGUAAAGAAGAUGAGAGAAGAGAGUGGGGCUCGUAUCAAUAUAUCAGAGGGAAAUUGUCCCGAGAGGAUUACAACACUGGUAGGCCCAACAACAGCCAUUUUCAAAGCUUUCUCCAUGAUUAUUGAAAAGCUGGAAGAGGAUAUAAGUAGCUCAAUGACAAAUAGCACAGCCACGACCAAACCACCUGUAACACUGCGCAUUGUGGUCCCUGCCAGCCAGUGUGGGUCUCUAAUAGGUAAAGGAGGCUGCAAGAUAAAGGAAAUAAGAGAGUCAACUGGAGCUCAGGUACAAGUUGCAGGGGACAUGCUUCCAAACUCCACAGAGCGUGCCAUCACAAUAGCUGGCACUCCCCAAUCUAUAAUUGAGUGUGUGAAGCAGAUCUGUGUGGUCAUGCUUGAGUCUCCACCAAAGGGGGUUACCAUUCCUUAUCGACCAAAGCUUUCAGGAUCCCCAGUCAUCUUUGCGGGUGGACAGGCAUAUGCUGUCCAAGGACAACACGCAAUUCCACAGCCAGAUUCUUCCUCUGCUGCUAUCUCUCCACAGCUCACCAAGCUUCAUCAACUUGCUAUGCAGCAGAAUCCAUUCCCCAUUGCAACAAACACUACGGGAUUUACUGGAAUAGAUGCUUCUCAAAACACGACCCAUGAGAUGACCAUUCCAAAUGACCUCAUUGGAUGCAUAAUCGGUCGCCAGGGCGCUAAAAUCAAUGAAAUUCGGCAAACAUCAGGUGCCCAGAUUAAGAUUGCAAAUCCAGUGGAUGGUUCAACAGAUCGUCAGGUCACCAUUACUGGCAUCCCAGCGAGCAUAAGUCUGGCAAAGUACCUCAUUAACGCCAGUGUAGAGUCCUCUAAACCUCCUCCCUCCUCCUCCUCCUCCUUGAACCCUGAACAGACCACCUCUGCUACUACUACCACCACCACUACUACCACCACCUCCUCCUCUGCCGCUAGCUCCACCUUGUCCUCUUCCUCCUGUGUGGUGCCCCCUUCAGCCUCCAUACCUCUAUCCUCCUCUUCCUCCACUGACUCCCUGCUCCCCAGCUCUCCUGCCUGUGUGUCAAGUCUCCUCAGUCUCAAGCCCCUUCCUCUCCUGGCCCUCCAUGUUGUCAGCGGCAACAGUAACCCCACGCACCCCGCUCCCUCUGAACCCAAAAUGACCCCCGAGCUGAGUUCUAAGUCCAAAAGACGAAGGCUGUCCCCUUAUUAAUGAUGGAAGUAUAAGUCAUCUACUGUAGGACUGACAGUGCUUUUUAGUUGUCUGCACCAGCUCUGGCUUAAGUUACAGGCUGUGCCACGUGACGCACACUACACACACAACCACACGACGCACACGACCACACGAUGCACACAAGCCUCACUCAGCCAUAGCAGUUGAUGCCUCAUUAAAUUAGAUGUAGCUUAACCUAGCCUGUGUUUAAUCUGUAUACAUUUUUCAGUUACACGUUUAGUUUUGCAUGGUUAAAUUGACUUGUUUUACUGAAUUUACCAUUUAUAUUCGUGCAGCUCUGCUCAGGUAGCGGCUCUUUUAAGAUGUCAUAUUAUAUUUUUGUGAGAGGGGAAAAUAAUCACGUUAACUAAACCUAUAUUAUGUCGUUGAUUUAAAAUGUAGAUGUAAUCUGCCCUCAGGUACUAAAGCACCGAUCACCUUCAGAUUUUAAAAAACGAAAAUAGUCCUCGAUGAUGCAUUACUUACGCGCUUAUCACCCUUUUUAUUUUAUGUACAAACAAGUAUCCAAAACAUAAUUAACACAUAACUCCUAUUGCUUAGUUAGGAAGUCUCUGUUCUUUGUAUUUCAUUGCAUGCCCCAGUGUACAUCAGGCAAGUCCUCCACCGGUUUACAAUUGUUUGGACGAGUUUAGAGUUUCUAUUGAAUAGCAGUUGUUGUGUAGUAAAAGUAUUUGACAUCGAUAAUGUCUCUCUGAUUGCAUGCCUUAUUCUCUCUCCCUCCUUGGUCUCACUUUUGUCUCUAGGCUUUCCUCUGAGGCCACAGGACUGGCAACCAACUGAUAAGACACCGUAUCUGCACUAAAUCUCACUUUUAUACUAUUGGUUAUUGUAGAGCAGUCAAUGCAACUAUUCAAAUUAAGUCUAUUAUAUCAUAGCAUCUCUUCCUUUUUUAAUCAUGUCAACUGCCACUGAACUAUUUGCAUUUUCUAUUUAUUUAGUUGGAUUUCAAUGUACAACUCAAAACACAAUUGGUGUUCUCAGUUUGAGAUCGCCGUUGUUUUUUAUUUAAAUAGCUUUUCUAUUUCUGAAUGAAUAGUUUGUGAUCUCAGUAGGCUUUUAGAUAUUUUCUGUACAUUGUUUUUUUUCUUUUAAGACAAAAAAAAUCACUAUAUAAAAAGAAAUUUGUUGUUUUCUGGCUUCAGAAUCAGUGAUCAGGUCUGUGUUCAUACUCUGAUCUGGACUUUUCUUUUGUCACAUCAGUCUUAGUGCUUGUAUGAUAGAUUUCACUCGUGUCACGGAGAAAAUGUUUGUUGUACAUGCACUGUCACUGGUUCUAUUUAGUUAUGGGCAAAUGUUACUAUAAUAUGUAUACAGAUCAUUUAAAUCUAACACUCACUAUAAAAUGUCAUUAUGGAUCAUUUAAAAUGUUUAUUGCGCCGCAUGUCACACGUGCUCUAUGUCAUUCCUCUCUUCAUCUUGAUCAUGUGAUUAUGUUUUGCUUGGAAGGGAGGGUCUGGGGCCUGGCUCUGGGAUUUAGACGCAGAGGGGUUCUCCUCACUUUUUUGUAAAGACUGAUGUAUACUAAAAUGUUGAAAUAUUUGUUUUAAAUGGAGGAAAUAUUUUUUUUAAGUACCAAGGAGAGUUUCUCCUAGACACUGACUGAUCCGGCUCUUCUGCAAUGUAGCUGAGGUCAUAAAUGCUCUGGAAGAAGACAGUAAGAGUUGAGCCAACACUGGCUCCUGGUCUGUGCUUUGCUAAACUCAAAACUAUUGUGUGUUUUAUUUACAGGAAAGCACGACGGUGCACGUUUUUUGAGACUGUAGAUUUGGUUGCCACAGCAUUGUUUAAAAAAAUACAGAAAUAAAGACAUGAAAUGCUCAAACCAAA